GAUAUUAGUACAUACACAAGUUUCCAAAAUUGCUUCCAAAUUGUUUCCAAAAUUGCUUCUUUUGAACUUAUUUUCUUCAACCAAGAUCCAAUCGAGGACCACACAUUGUAUUUCCUGUUAUGUCAUAAAGGCCGACCCAUAAGCCCUGAGGGCAUUAGGAACACUUAGUCUCCAGGUAUCAGACCAUCAGUGACAUCCUGUAAUUUCCUAGUGCUUUAAAAAGCAAACCAAAAGUCAGUGGCUUCCAGCGCGGUGUUUUAUGGGAAGUGUAGUGUUGACUGGCGAUUUGCCGGGCUGCAUUCUAGGGGUGGAUAGCGGGUCUUCCCUCUGCGCAUGCGCAGUUCACCUGUCCGGUCCCGCUUUCGCCGUCCCCAACUCGGGGUAUCGAGUUUGUUCUUUUCAGGCCUAGGUCACAGCUCUCUGUAACAAAACAACUCUUGUGAGGCAGGAAGGAGGAGUCCCACCUGGAAGAACAGCCUCUCUGUUCAGAGACCACUCAGCAGAGCUGCAGAGAAAGGAUAGAGCAGCCCAGAAAGUCACAGUUCCUGAGUUGUUCUACCAGAAGCAGUUCUUGAUCCCCUGCCCUGAGCCAGAUGGUGAUGUCGCCACUUCCAAAAGCCAUCACAGACUGUGACAGUGGAUGCUUUGGAUCAGCUUGCAGAAGCUUAUCUUUCACAGUCCUCUGAACUCUUACAAGAGGAGCAGAAAAUGGACAUAUCUCGGGCAUCUGUGUCAUUCAAGGACAUCACUGUGGAGUUCACCCAGGAGGAGUGGCAGCACCUGGGCCCUGUCCAGAGGGCCCUGUACCGAGAUGUGAUGCUGGAGAACUACAGCCACCUCGUCUCAGUGGGGUUCUGUAUUUUCAAACCGGAGGUGGUCUUCAAGUUGGAGCAAGGAGAAGAGCCUUGGUUCUUAGAGAAGCAGUUCUCAAACCCGAGCUACCCAGAUUACCGAGUUGAUGACCUGACCAAGAGGAACAACAAAAUCAAAGAAAACCUCUUGCAGGAAGGAAUAUUUAUAAAUAAUAAAACAUUGACUAAAGAGAAAGAGAAUGUUUUGGGGAAACCAUUUAAUCUGCGCAUACCUUCUAUUCCUUCAACAAAAAUAUCCUGUAAAUAUGACUCCCAGGAAAUGAAUUUACAAAAUUAUUCUGAAUUUAUCAUUAAUAAGAGAAACCAUUCCACAAAGAAAGCCAAUUAUUUUAGUGGAUGUGAGAAUUUGCCUUUCAAUAAUAAGUUUGAGAGAACUCACCUUGGAGAUAAAUUUUGUGGAUAUAAUAAAAACGUGAAAGCCCUCAGUUAUGAGGAAGAUCUUACUGAACAUCAAAAAUUUCAAAGUUUAGCAAAAGUUUUUGAACAUAAGGAAUUUGGAAAAGCCAUCCAUAACAAGGCUGCCUGUAUUGCACAUAAGAACUCUCAAACACAAGAGAAAUCCUAUAAACUUGAUGAAUUUAGAGAAAAUCAUGAAAAGAAAACUCUCUUUGACCACAAGAAAACUACCCCAGGGGAGAAAUGCUCUCAUCUGAGCCAAUGUGGGAAAUCUUCCUGUGAUAAUUCAGCCCUUUUGAAAUACAAUAAAUUUCUCAUGGCUGUGGAACAUUAUGAAUGUAAUGUAAGUGGAAAUAAUUUCAGCAGGAAGUCACACUUCCCUCGGCCUCAGAAAUCUGUCACAAAAGAUGCUCCACUUGAAUGUAAUGCCAGAACACAACAUGGAGAUAAUUCCUUUGAAUAUAACAAAAAUGGAAACUCCUAUCAGAUAUCAACCCACAAAGUAUGCCAGAGAAUUCACUCAGAUGUAAAACCCUAUAAAUGUAAUGAAUGUGCGAAAUCCUUCUGGCAAAAAGGACAUCUCAUUCAACAUCAGAGAACUCACACUGGAGAGAAACCAUUUGAAUGUAGUAUAUGUGGGAAAGCUUUCUCCCAGAAAUCGCACCUCAGUACACAUCAGAGAAUUCAUUCAGCAGAAAAACCCUAUAAAUGUAAUGAAUGUGGGAAAACUUUUGUCCAGAAGUCAACCCUCAGGGGACAUCAGAGAAUUCACACAGGGGAGAAACCCUAUGAAUGUUUUGAAUGUGGGAAAACCUUUGUUCAGAAAUCAACCCUCAGAGAUCAUUACAGAAUUCACACGGGGGAGAAAUCCUUUCAGUGUAGUGAAUGUGGGAAAACUUUUGGCCAGAAAUCAAACCUCAGAAUACAUCAGAGAACUCACAAUGGGGAGAAAACUUAUCAAUGUAAUGAUUGUAACAAAUCCUUCUGGCGAAAAGACCAUCUAAUUCAACAUCAGAAAACUCACACAGGGGAAAAACCGUUUAAAUGUAAUGAGUGUGAGAAGACGUUCGCCCGGACUUCAACCCUCAGAGUUCACUACAGAAUUCACACAGGAGAGAAACCAUUUAAAUGUAAUGAAUGUGGGAAAAAGUUUGUCCGGAAAGCUAUCCUUAGUGACCAUCAGAGAAUUCAUACAGGGGAGAAACCCUUUCAGUGUAAUAAUUGUGGGAAAACAUUUGGGCAGAAAUCAAAUCUUAGAAUACAUCAGAAAACUCACAGUAGGGAGAAAUCUUAUGAAUGUAAUCAAUAUGGAAAGUUGUAUAAUUAGUCAACCCUACAUGUGUACCAAAGAGUUCAGGAAGGGGUGAGAUCCCAUUGAUGUAAUAAAUGUGAAAAAUCCUGUCCAAAGGACCAUCCAUUUGACAUUAGAGAACUCACACAUGGGAGAAACCAACUGAAUUUAGUGAAAGUGCAGUAACUGUCCCAGAAGUAAACACAGUACCUCAGAGAAUUCAGUGUAGAGAAUGCCCAUUAAUAUGAUGAAUGUAGGAAGGAUUCUGUCUAAAAAGCAACCCUCAGAAUAUGUCAGGGAAGUCUCUCAUAUUUCUGUUUUUUUUUUCAAUAUACUAUAAAAUGUCUUUCUUAAUUAAUUCAUAGUCUAUUAGAUAACUUGCACCCAUCCCGUAGACUCGUGAUUUCUUCACUGGUAGCCAUUUCUUUCUCCUCUAGGCACAUAGUUAAUCUGUAUUUCUCCCUUUCAUCCAAGUGACUGGCGAGGGGAAUGUGGAAGCCAAGGAUGAAUGCCACUUUGAGAUACAUCAAAAGACUUCCCUCACAGAUUUCCAGUCCCCUUUCAUAACAAAGUGGAAAUUACUUUAAAGACAAACUUGGUUGCUGUGCAUUCACAUGGCACAGCACAAGGUGAAAGAAGACAGGAUCUCUGAGAAAAGAUGUGGAACAGAAUUCUCUUCUUCCAGAUCUUCACCACUUAAACAUUUUCUGAGUAAGAAAUAACCUUGUAUUCUGUUGGGCUCUUAAAUGUUUGAGUCUAUUUGUUACUGUAGCAGUUUAACCAUUCCUUUUCUGCGGGGAUACAAAACCACUGUUUAAGCCAAUCUUGAGUCAGCCAGAGGACACAAGCAGUAGUAGUGACUUGUUGAGUUGAGUCCCUCAAGAUCAUCAAAAUUUAUAGAUGAGAUAUCUUUUUGAUGUAAUGAAAAAGAUUAUACCUGUAAUGAAGACAUCACUCAAUAAAUAGUUCUGGUUGAAUAUAAAAUGUUGGAA